UACUUUUCGCAAGAGCCUGCCAUGGCGCUUAUUGUACUCACAUGACGGCCGGCUCUGUGGCGCUCAGAUGUGCAGCCGUGUGGGUUCUGUGAUAGAGGUCACCCCAGUGCUCCAGGGCUAUUAUGCAGCUCCGCGCCUGAAGAGCGGGCGCCGGAUGGGCAUUGCAGUGGUCCACGAUGUCCUGGGCUUUGCAGAUCCCAAUUGCAGGCACCUCGUGGACCACUGGGCAUCCAGAGGAUUUGAAGCCCUGAUGCCGGAUUGCUUCGAAAAGGAGGCUGAGCCUCCAGGCUUGCCUGACGAUGAUGAUGAGGCGUUUCAGAAGUGGCUUGCGAACAUCUCCAACGAGAAGUUUCGGGAGAAUUGCCUUUUGAAGGUCCUUGAUUGUAUUCCUAUCCUGAAGGAGCAGGCUGGGUUUCCGGCUUCCCAAGAAGCAAAUUUGGAUCAGCUGAGGGUGGAAUAUUUUGCAGCAACCCAGCUACAGUAG